AUGACCAAAUGGCAGCUAUACCUACAGAUUGACCAGUCAUUCCAGAUUCAUAGGAAUUAUGGGAGCAUGCUCGAAGGUGAAACUGACGAACUUAAGAGAGUGUUUCUGGAAGGAAAUCCUUAUCUUUUGGCAAUUACAAUGGUUGUUUCAGUACUUCACUCUUUGUUCGACUUUUUGGCUUUUAAGAACGAUAUUCAGUUUUGGAAUAAAAACAAGUCCAUGGAGGGAUUAUCUGCACAAUCCGUUGUCGUAAAUUUCUUUUGUCAGCUUAUAGUUUUCCUCUAUCUGCUUGACAAUGGAACUUCGUGGAUGAUACUUGCAAGCUCUGGUAUUGGCUGCUGCAUUGAGUUCUGGAAAAUAGGAAGAGCCAUGCACAUUGAGAUUGAUAGAUCUGGUGUGAUACCUAGGCUGAGGUUCUGUGACCGUGAGUCAUAUGCUAGUAACAAGACUAAAGAAUAUGAUGAUAUUGCAAUGAAGUACUUGACAUAUGUUCUCUUCUUUCUCGCCGUCUGUUUCUCUAUUUAUUCUCUGAAGUAUGAACGCCACAAGAGUUGGUACUCUUGGAUUCUCUCAUCUCUCACGAGCUGCGUCUACAUGUUUGGUUUUAUUAUGAUGUGCCCACAACUGUUCAUUAACUAUAAGUUAAAGUCCGUUGCACAUAUGCCUUGGAGGCAGAUGACGUACAAAUUCCUGAACACGGUCAUUGAUGAUCUCUUUGCAUUUGUCAUUAAGAUGCCGGUCCUUCAUCGACUUUCUGUCUUCCGUGAUGAUGUUAUAUUCUUGAUAUACCUUUAUCAAAGAUGGAUCUACCCGGUGGACAAAAAACGAGUGAAUGAAUUUGGUUUUGGUGGCGAGGAUGAACAGGCCACGACAAGCACGCAGACGCAGGCAAUUGAGCAGAGUGAAGAAGAGAAGAAGACUAACUGA